AUGCACACUCAAGCACAUUUAAAUCCAACCGAGUUAUCUAUACUAUCUAUUCCGAGAGAGAAUUGUUGGAUAUUUGCCAGUCCUAUAUUACGAUUGUUACAUUAUGAAUCUUUAAAAGUAAAUCGCUUCAAUACUGGGUAUGAUUCCGACUUUUCGACCGAAGUAGGUGAAAUUGAAGAAGAUGAGACUGACAGUGGGGAAGAGUAUGGGGAAUACGAUGAUGAUGUGAAUCAACAGAUAAUAACUGGUCUCUCAUCAAGUUGGUGUUUGCCUAAGUCUGCUAAUCGCUCUAUUCGUAAAAAUGAGUCUAUGUCACCCAUUUCUUCAAGUGGGUACUUAGAAAAGAAUGAUCUACAAGUUGAUAAUUCAAGUAAAGCUCAUCCUCAGCAUGAUGCACUUGAUCCAUCUAAUGAUAGUAUUGGUAGUGAUAGGAGAAUAUCCAAAGAUAAAGACUCUGAAGAGGAACCUUUCAGAGAACAAGAUGAAAAUUAUUUUUUUCAUAUUGCAUUUACGCCCAUUGAGUGUACUGUUAUCUGUUCGAGUCAAGUAAUGAAACUGUUAUUCGAAGAACCUUUACAGUUAUGUCAUCAAUUGAAGUUUGAUAAGGUAAAGUUAAUAGAGGAUAAAUUUUUAAGUUUACUCAUUGACAGCGACGGAAGCUUCGAUAAUAGUUCACAGAUUCUAGAAUUGACUAAACCAUUAUCUGAAAACGAUAUUUCAUUAUUCUUCUUAUCCAGCCACUUUAGCAAUAUUGUUUUAAUACCCUAUGAUUUAAAAGAGAAAGUUAUUACUAUCUUAUCGAAACAAAAUUUUGAGUUUUCAGACAUUUCAAAUAGUUAUAUUGCGAACCAGAUUAACGAUGAUUGCGAACUGGAGGAAGUUGAUAUAUCACAAGAAAUUGAAGCAGUCAAUCUUGAGUUAAAAGCAUUCCAAUUAUUUAAGACGACCAAUGUACAACCAAUAAUUAAUAGCAAUGUCAAUCUUUUACUAACAGGAGCAAGGCCAGGUGAAGUCAAAAACACGAUCUUAAAAACAGCUAGAAAUAUUUCAGCAGGUACUAUUCCGGAAUAUUUCUCUAUAACUAGGACAUCUGUUAAUGAAGUAUCCCUUCUUCUACCUAAAUCAACUAGAAGAAGAUCACUGAUGGGUUUUAGUUCAAAAAAUAUUAUUGGUUCAAUCCAAGAUGUUAUCAUUCCGAUUACGGUUGAUUUAUAUGAGUUACCAUUAGACUCUACUGGUAUUGUAGCGGGACUCGCUAGUAAGAUUAUUAAUGGCGUUAAAGUAGCGGCCCAAACUGACUAUCCAUUUGAAAUGAACUACUUAUCAAUGGGCCAAUCUGCGAUUAUCAUGGUGCCGAAAGAGAAUCUCUCUUUGGUUUCAGAUAUACUAAAAAAUGUUAGUUAUGACUGA